GUAGGUGGGGAUCCUCACUGCUUCUCCCAGCCCAUCCAAGAUUCCUCAGUCUGGGAAGGAGCGCAGCAGAGGAACCGGCCACCGAGGACUUGGAGCAGCAUGGACAGCAGAUGGGGUGGCUUGGUGCUGAUCCUUUCCCUGUGCCUGGGCUCCUACCAAGCCAGCCCCCUCCACCGCUGCGAUGAGAAGCCGGAGGACUGGUGCCGCGACGCGGUGACAGCAGCCAGAUGUGGGGCACUGCAGCUGUGCCAGCUCACCGCCUGGGACCAGGGCCUGCGGCAGAAGGGGUUCCCGUGUCACCUGUGCCAGGUGGCGGUGUCCGUGGUGGGCAAGAUCCUGCAGGACAACUGCACUGUGGAAAAGAUGCGGCUCUUCUUGGAUAAGAAAUGCCAGUACCUGCCCUUCCAGGACUGGUCGGUCAAGUGCAAGAAGAUGGUGGACACUGGCAUGCUUGUCCUCGUCCAGUUGGGCAAGCAAGUGCUGUCAAACCCCAAGGCAGUGUGUGGGACCAUCAAGCUGUGCCAGCCCCGGGAAAGCCCCACGGGGGCCCUGAAGUUCCAGAAGCCACCACCAGCCCCCGCGGGCCCCGCUCAGGACUUUGCCGGCGCGGUCGCCCCCUUCAUCGCCAACGUGCCGCUGCUGCUCCAUCCCCAGGACCCGCCUCGCCACGGGGCACAGGAGGGGGAGGAAGAGUGCGGGCAGUGCCUGCAGCUGGUGGCGGCCGCGCAGCUGGAGCUGGGGACCAACGCUGCCUUCACCCAGGCCCUGGUGGCCCACGCCGAGCUGGCGUGCGGGGUCCUGGCACCCCCCCUGGCACACUGGUGCAGGCAGCACCUGGCUGAGCACACAGACGUGGCCACACAGCUGCUCCGGCACUUGCAGGCCGAGGACCCCAUGGAGCUGUGCGGCCACCUGGGACUCUGCUCCUCCGCCUCGGUCGUGCCCCUCCACACGCUGCUCUCGCAGAAGGUGACGCAUGUCCUGAGCACACCGGGGGAGGAUGGGGAGGGGACCACGACGCUGUGUGAGGUGUGCCAGUUUGUGAUGAAGGUGGCCGAGGGCCUCCUGGAGAACAAUAUGACAGAGGAGCAGCUGGUGAACGACAUCGAGAAGGUGUGCUACAUGCUGCCCCACAGCGUCAUCGGCCAGUGCAAGGACUUUGUGGAUUCCUAUGGCAAAGCCGUGGUCAUCAUGCUGCUGGAGGCCACUGACCCGGCCGCCGUCUGCACCAUGCUGCGCUGCUGUCCCCGCAGCGGGGACACCCACCCAGGGGCGCUGGAGCAGCUGGGAGUGGGUGCUGGGACCUUCUGCAACGUCUGCCAGCUCGUCAUCACCUACUUCGAUAACGAGCUGCUGAAGAACGAGACGCUGGCGGAGCUGGGCGAGGUGCUGGAGAAGGGUUGCGAGAUGCUGCCCACACCGCUCACCAGCCAGUGCGAGGCGCUCGUGGUGCAGUACGAGCCGGCGGCCGUCCGGCUCCUUGUGCAGAUGAUGGAUCCCACCUUCGUCUGCACUAAAAUCAGAGCCUGUGACUCACCUGAGGAGGACGCCCUGGACUCGGACCCCUGCGCCUGGGGCCCCAACUACUGGUGCAAGAACAUGGCCACGGCGGUCGAGUGCCAUGCUGUGGAGCACUGUCGGCGUCACAUAUGGAACUAGGAGCCACCUCCCUGGCCACCUGGGCUUGCCCUGCCACUUUGGUUCAGGAUCAUGGACCCCUUCCCUUGGGACACCUGCAGUCGCAGACAGCAAUGGCCAAAUCCCCAUCCCCUCCUCUAUCCCCAUCCCACUCUGAACCUCUUGUGGGGCCCAGAUCCUGCAAUGCGGCUCCAUCCCCGUGGGCUGGGAUGGUUUCUGCUGCCCAAGCGCCGGUUCCCCGGCCGCCGGCAGCCUCACACCGCAGGUCUCACUUUGGGCAAGCCCAGCGCUCUCCUGGUCCUUCUUUACAUUGGGGUGGCUUUUUAUUUUUUUAGUUUAAUUAUUUUUUUCCCCCUUGGUCACCAGUUAAAGAAACAAAGUGGAUUAAAUUUACCUGCAAUGCCCGGCUUUGCAAGACAUCUGCAGUAAAAUGAGUGAGUGUGGGGGAAAAGUCGGGUCCUGUGCUGCCCCAGCGGUGGUGGUGAGGGACAGCGGGACACAGGCUCGUCCCUCCCUGCCACGGAUGGGGGGACACGCAGUGCCCGGCCCCGAGUGUGCAUGGGAGCAUCUCAUUGCAAAUAAACUCAUCCCGUGACCCCUG